AAACUAUCAAACACCUUUUCUCCACUUUAAGCCUCUUUCCCUCUCUCUGAAUUUGCCUAUAAUUUUUUCGACAAGCCCUUCGGGUUAGGGUUAGGGUUAGGGCUAGGAUUAGGGUUUCUACAUAUCCGUCUGGUUUCUCGCUCUUUCUUCAACUUAUUUCAAGGUUGGGUUAGGGUUUCCUUGCGUCGGGUUUCUUACGGAUUUCCUAGGUUUUUUUUUUCAACAAAUCUGGGGUUAGGGUUUUGGUGGGUUCUUGAAUUGUUGUGUGCGGUUCAUGUUUGUGGCUGAUUCUUAUACCGAGCGUGGUUUUAGGGUAUCUAUAUCCGAAGUUGGUUUGAGAUUUUAUUGAAUUCAGCUUUUGUGUGAUGAGUUUGUAGCUGCUGGUUGGAUCAGAAUGAGAUCUCUUGAAGGGGUUGCGGAGAGUCCGCUUUCGACGGUCUUGAAUUUAACCUUGCAGGAAGAAAAGUAUAAUUUGACGCUAAAGGAGGGUAAUUAUGGUCCGAGAUUCUACGGAUGGCUCUUUGAGUGUCAUGGAUUUUGGCAUAAUGUUGCUUUGAUUGUUCCGUCGGCUCUAUUCGUGCUGUACUUGGGGUUUCAGGCAAGGAAGAGCUUCACGAAGCUCACACAUGGACGAUCUUAUAUCAUGAUUUCUUAUUAUGGCUGUCUUUGGCUCGUUAGUUUGCUCAAUCUCGCUUGGUGCUCCCUUCAGGCAUGGGAAUGCACUCCUGAGAAGGCAGUAGCAUGGAAUGUCUUAUCGUUGUUUACAACUUCUGGGAUGCUUUUUCUGGAAGUAAGCUUGGUGGCCUUUUUACUCCAAGGAAAUUAUGCAAGUGGAUUGGAAGCUUUAACGCGAACUUUUGUUGUCUCAGGACUUAUUAUUGGUUUGGAUCUACUCCUCAAGGUCAUUUACCUAUUUGGAUUUGGGGUCCCAUUGUUUAUUGACAACAAUGAUCAAUCACAUCGGGUAAAAUGGGGCUUGUGGGUUGUCCACAAACUAGUGCUUACUGCUGUUUAUGGCUUCAUAUUAUUCAUGUACCACUCAAAAUGGAGAGAGAGGUUACCUGCAAGACCUGCAUUCUACAAAUAUAUCACAAUCAUGUGCUGCUUGAAUGCAUUAGCAUUGUUUGCUUGUGGGCUUACAGGAAAUGGGGCUGGUUUUGGGUUCUGGUUAUAUGGUCUUACAAUGAUUUUCUACCAUGCCUUUUAUCUUCCCCUUCUAUAUAUUACAUUUCUAGCAGACUUUUUCCAGGAGGAAGAUUUGCAUUUGGAGAAUGUAUACUACUCUGAGAUGAAAGAUGCCGGCUUCUUUGAUGCUGAUUGGGAGUGAUGCAACUGCACUUUCUGAAUCAGAAGAUGGUCUCUGGUUUUUACACUGUAUAUAAAAGUAAAUAAACAAUAAGGCCCCAUUGGACUUGGUGGUUUAAGAGAAUUAAAAGAGGGUUUGAUUAAUGUUUCAAUGACUUGGCUGUUUCUUAUCAUUUUACAAGAGCUGUUUUAUAGCAAACUCUAAAGCGAACAUGACUAUAUGGAAAGCGAUUUAGAGUCUGUGUCAAUUUAUAGGCUA